AUGUUGUAAGCUGGAGAGAGAUGCAGGAGGGUGGGUAGCGUAGGAAAACGAAAUAGUAAACUCUGAGAAUAAGGUCGGUGGCUAGAUAAAUGUGUUUGGCAUGUUACUUUUGUGCAGUAUGUGUUAAUGCAUUGAUAACUAACUUCUGUUAUAUGUUGUGAGCUUUGUUACCGUGACCGUAAUGUACAAGGACUGAAGGAGGAGUGGUGUUUUAAACUGGUUUCCGGUGACGCAUAGCUAGAUCAUCGCUAGCCAACGUUACUACCCAGCAGUAGAGUAGACUUUUGUCGGCCCAUCAAAUUAAUACAUAACAAUGUGCUGGCUUUAAUUAUGCUUGUAUUUGGGAUUAUUCUCUAUUGGGAACUCUGAAAAUAUUGAUGUCGAUUUCAUCUAAGUACAAAGAAAACUGACUCUGUACUGUAAACAAUAUGGCAAAUCUGUAGCAGUCAGGCCUAGCCAGGGAUAGGCCGUGGUCACUGGUCAUAGACUGGAGGUUUGAGCGGUAUUUCAACUAGUACCGGUGGUUCCGUGUAUUUCAGCCGUGCCUGGGUCUCUUUCGACCGACCAGAGCAGCUGCACGCAUUGCCCCUUCGCUACAAAUAGCUAGAUUAAAGCGUCAAUCAGAACGCGAAAUCGCGGACCCUGUUUCGGUAAAAAGCUGAGGGAUAGGGCUGGAGAAAUGUAUCUACUCUCAAAUUCAUAGACAGAGCUAUGGAUGCAAGGACUGACCAUCCAUUAUAUCAAAACAAUAGUUUUAACCAUGUUUUGAGGCUAUAUAGUGUUUCUUUACAAACAUUGAAGGUAAACAAGCUUUUAUUUUGGGUUCUGAUGGAGUGUGGCAGUUGAACUAAGAUCGAGGCUUUUCUACAUUUUAUUCUUCAAGAAUCGAUGGGUCCAUAUCAUUAAUUUAGCAACUGCUGAUUGCCCCUUUAAUUAUAGUGUAAUUAUUGUGUUUGUUCAUGUUUUAUUAGGAUCCCCAUUAGCUGUUACAAUAACAGUAGUUCCUCUCCCUGGGGUCCUAAUCGAGGAGGCGGAAAGGGCAGAGAGAGGGAUAGCCUAUGCCGUUAGAGAGAAUCUAGUUCAGUAGGACAAGAUUGGGGUUUCAGGAGUGAGCAAAUGUCAGAGCUGCUUCACAGGACUAUAUAUAGUCUGUCAGAAAACUAGUGGUGGCUGACCCCUGUAGAGGGGCAAGGCUAUUUUAUGGAGUAACACAGCCUGGCAACCUAGUGCCAGUCUCUCACACUAGUCUGCUAGUACUGGAAUGCAGUGUUCCAUUGUUGGAGUGCAUAAUAAAGCCUCUGCCAAGAGGCUCAGACCUUUAUUGCACAGGAGGUUUCCUUGUAGCAAAGUCACUGGUUCCAGCUCCCUUAUUCACCACACAAUCCAAAUAAAUACAGUUGGAAGAUAGAACUGCUUGUCUUGAUCCGUUAUGUUAUUUGCAUGUCACUUUUGUUUGUAUUGGUCUGUAAUGGUACCUUUGUCGAGAGCUCUGUUACUACGUGUCAGUAAUUUAUGUACACUGACUGAAGGAGAGGUGUGUACACAAUCAAAAUGCCAUAGUCAGCUGUGGUUGUGACUGAAUUAUACAGAUGAUACAAGCUGCAUUUUUGCCCAUAGCUCACAGUUCCUGGUGUCUACCGUAGGUGUGUGUGUGUUGGCGCUGCUCUGAGAGAGUGUGUGUGUGUGUGUGUGUGUGUGUGUGGCAGUGCUCUGAGAGUGUAUGCACCCAGAGCGAGCCACCAUGCCCGUGACAUCACAGCUGUUCCGAGGCUUCCCUCGGACGAAGCUCUGGGGUUCCUCCCUGUUCCCAUGCCAACGCCAGCUCCCCUGCUGCCCCACCUCCCACCGGCCCACCUCGUCGCAGCCCCACCCCAUAUGGCCGACAGCCAUGCCCGUGCGUGGCUAUAGGAGGAGCCCUGACCUCCACAGCUACAAUCUCACCCCCCCACAGGUCAACUCAAUCCUCAAGGCCAACGAGUACAGCUUCAAGGUUCCAGAGUUUGAUGGUAAGAAUGUGUCGUCGGUGAUGGGGUUCGACAGUAACCAGCUGCCUGCCAACGCACCCAUCGAGGACCGGCGCAGCGCUGCCACCUGUCUGCAGACGCGGGGGAUGCUGCUGGGAGUGUUCGAUGGCCAUGCGGGCUGUGCCUGUGCACAGGCGCUGAGUGAGAGGUUGUUCUACUACGUAGCCAUGUCCUUGAUGCCCCAUGAGACCCUGUGUGAGCUGGAGGCUGCAGUAGAGGCAGGCAGACCCCUCAGCCCCAUCCUGCAGUGGCACAAACACCCCAACGACUUCUUCACCAGGGAGGCACAGACUAUGUACUUCAACAGCCUCAGAACCUACUGGCAGGAACUCAUAGACCUCAGCAGUCCAGGGGAGAGCCUAGGGCCCAGAGAGGCGUUGCUGAGUGCCUUUAAGAGACUGGACAGUGACCUGUCUCUGGAGGCUCAGGUGGGAGACGCCAAUUCCUUCCUCCACUACUGGGUUCUGAGAGUGGCCUUCUCUGGAGCGACUGCCUGCGUAGCUCACAUCGAUGGAUCCGACCUGUAUGUAGCGAACACGGGCGACGGCCGAGCGGUGCUGGGGGUCCAGGAGGAGGACGGCUCAUUCAGCGCUCACACGCUCUCCAACGACCACAACGCCCAGAAUGAGAACGAGGUGGCCCGCAUCCAGGGGGAGCACCCCCCCUCUGAGAAGAAGACUGUUGUACGACAGGACCGGUUGUUGGGCCUGCUGAUGCCGUUCCGUGCGUUUGGAGAUGUGAAGUUCAAGUGGAGCAUUGACUUGCAGCGAGGUGUGUUGGAGUCAGGACCAGACCAGCUCCAUGACAAUGAACACACCAAGUUCAUCCCCCCCAAUUACCACACCCCUCCCUACCUCACGGCCGAGCCUGAGAUCACACACCACCGCCUCCGACCUCAGGACCGCUUCCUGGUGCUGGGUACAGACGGGCUGUGGGAGACGCUCCAUCGACAAGAGGUGGUCCGGAUCGUAGGGGAGUAUCUAACGGGGGUCCACCAGCGCCAGCCCCUCACCGUGGGGGGUUACCAUGUCACCCUGGGACAGAUGCAGGGGCUGCUGGCUGAGAGGAAGGCCCGUGCCUCCUUAGCGUUCCAGGACCAGAACGCUGCCACCCACCUGAUUCGCCACGCGGUGGGCAACAAUGAGUUUGGAGCAGUGGACCACGAGACGCUGUCCAAGAUGCUGUCUCUGCCUGAGGAACUGGCCCGCAUGUACCGCGAUGACAUCACCAUCAUCAUCACACAGUUCAACCCCACGUGGUUGGACACCAGCGCCAAGGGGGGAGUCCUGAGCCAGCUCAGCCUAUCAGAGGGGAACGUGGACAUGAACAGGAAGUUUACUUUCUAGGAGGAAAAACACUGAUGUGAGGACUGGGUCUUGCUACAUGGUUAAGCUCUAAUCUUUAUUUUACCAAACGCACACAAAACAUACUGUUAAUGGACUAACCCUGCAGAGGGAGGACUGCCUACCUUCGGACUCCUUAUUUUAGGAUUGUUAUUGAAGAGGUGUGUGUACAGUAUGUGCACAUGUGAGCACACAGUCCUGGUCAUGUGGAUUGUUGAAAUGCUUGCUGAUACUGAUCACAAGUUGGCUCUUUUCUGAGUCUUGUGUGUGUAUGAAGCUUUUUAAAGGAUAUUUGAUCAACCUCUCUACAGCAUUCUGCUUCUCUGCUCUGUCACAGUCUCUGCCCAUAGGAAACUUUCAUUUGUGCCUAAAGAGUUUGCUGCUUUAUAACUAUGUUGUCUGAGCAUUGAGGUAAUGAUACGGUGGCAGCCUUUGUGUUUGUUCAAUCUGGCCUGUCUACUCCUCUACAAACAUCCCUCCCUCUUUCAUAUCACAGAUUCUGUGCUGUGCAGUUGCAGCAUCUGUCUUGCUCUAGAGCUGCAACUGGCCUCCAUCCUGGCUCUACCGCAUGGCUCUGCUGUUACAUAGUAGGGCUCUGUCUGUCUGUGUUCUGUCAUUGGAUGGAUCAGUGUCCUUUAUACUUGUUACAGACGGACAGCCAAGAGCCCCCGGCACACUUCUUGUUAUCUUAUAUUUUGAAUAAUGUUUAUUUAAAAUGUUUUUAAUCUGAUUUCAAACAUUGACUAUUUUGUCAACCUUCGAGAGGAAUAACUGCCUGUGUCUAUAAAGCAGAUGUUAUUGCUCUGAGACAGACGGCGUCACUAAGAUAGGAACCAGUAGAGCUACGUAGUGUGCAGGCUUUAGAUCCAGCACUAACACCUCUAUCACAACUACUCACCCACAGGAAUCAGGUUUGUUAUGCGCUGAGUGUGUCUGAGAGAUUCUACAGCAGACUGAAGGAGUGGUGGUAUUCUGUAGAGGAGAGAGAGAGGGGUGUGUGAUCAGACGUUUAUUGUUUUAGGGUUGCAGAGUAUACAUGUUUCAAAGAAACAUAGUGGUUGAACCUCUCGUGUUUUUUGACAAUUAUACUCUCAUACGGGGGAGGGAUAUGGUAUACUAACGUCAUCAUGCUUACAUGGUGGGUAUUCUAUCAAACAUGUUUUUAAAAAGUUUAGUUUUUAACAGUGUAUCAUUGCUAGCCUGGUGUCAGAUCUCUGUCUGAGGUAACCAUGGAAUUAGGAAUUGAACUGUAACCAUCUCCUGUCAUGUUCAUGCCAAACCUCCAGAAGUGACUAAAACAGAGACAGACUGAGUCGCUGUUGGCAGGACACUAACCAUGGUGUGGUUCUAGGCUUGUAUAGGUCAGAUGAAGGGUGUGCAUCAUAUGAGGUUGUAUAUCUCGUGGUGGUGUAUAUUUAGGAGAGGAGAGAAUGUAAAGCUGAAGGUGGCUCUGUCUGGACGCUGGCUGAAUACUUGAAGGUUAUUUAUGCAACUUUUAAUAUGUCACAGUUAUUUAUCCACAAUUAUAUAAGAUGUGACAGGUAUGUAUGUACAGUGUCCUGUUUGUGUCCAGUGACACAUGUUUGGGCUUGAGACUAAAGUUUUUUUGUAUUUGGAAACUUAAUAAAACAAUGGCUACUA